AUGGAAGUUGAUGCAAACAACGGAAUGUUUCCACUUGCCUAUGCAUACGUAGAGAUUGAGAGCAAUUCAACAUGGCUAUGGUUUUUAGAAUUAUUGAGUGGUGAUCUGAAUAUUAGGAAUAGUCAUGGUUAUGUAUUUAUGACUGACAAACAAAAAGGUUUAAUAGAUGAUGUGGAUGCUCUAUUCCCUCAUGCAGAGGAUAGACAUUGUUUGAAACAUCAAAUGGAAGCAAUUUCUAGGGCCACAACAGUGUCAUGGUUUCAUGCAGAGAUGAGAAAGAUGUUAGAGUUGUCUAAACCUGCACAUGAUUGGCUUGUAGAGAAAGAUCCUAGGCAUUGA